AUUGCGGUGAUGCUGUGUUGCAGCGUCAGGAUAUACCGGUAUUUUUUUAAUAACAAUACAAAAUAUCGUUAAUAUAAAGUGACUGACUGUUAUUUAUGCGAAUAAAAGCUUGAUUAUGUCAAGAAACAUUUUGCCAGGGCAAGCGCGAAUACAAUAAAAGCAUUGCGAGUGCGCUGUGAAAGUGCUCUACGGCGGCUCCACUAUUUGCUAACUCCGCCCACUUGUGACAUCAUUUUCCUAUACUUCUUUUUAUAGUCAUAGCUAACAUCGCACCCUUGUGGGAGGUCUCGGUGCCCAGCCCCACCCAAGUUGAAAUGGUGCUCGGUUGGUUGGUCUGUUUGUCUGCGGUACGAGCAGUGUGUCGGUCUGGUGGUGCAGCACAGCAUAGCAUAGCAUAGCAUAGCAUAGGGUAGCGUAACGUGUGUGCUGUACAGUCAAGCUGUCUGCAUCCGUACAUGCUACCCAUUCAUUCGGGUUUUUAUAUUGGAAAUUGUAAUGGUUAAUAAUUACAAAAGUGCAAGCCAUUUAAUUCGUCACCGGGUUAACGGUUGAUAUUUGUAUUUACCGGUACUGUACGUCGUUUAAUUUUUGUAUAUGUUCUGAAACCUAGUUCUGCAUUUCAGUAUAAAGGGGGACGAUCACAGAAGACAUACUUAUUAUUAUUAUUAUUAUUAUUAUUAUUAUUAUUAUUAUUAUUAUUAUUAACACAACAGCAUUAAAAAACACUGUACCGCUCGGAUACAGAAAUGAAUGCAAGCGAGCACCUUCCACCUUUGCUGGAAUACGACUUUGAGCGGAGCUUUGAUGAGCGACCGGCGAUCGAAUGGAUGAAGGAAAACUGGAGCAAGUCCUUUGUGUUCUCAGCCCUCUACGCCGCUGUGAUUUUCGGGGGGCAGCAGUUUAUGAAGGAGAGGCAAAAACUGGAGCUACGCAAGCCCCUGGUCCUGUGGUCUGUCAGCCUGGCAGUCUUCAGUAUCAUCGGGGCUGUGCGGACCGGCUGGUACAUGCUCUACAUUCUGGACACCAGUGGCUUCAAGCAGUCCGUGUGUGACCAGAGCUUCUACAGCGGUCCUGUCAGCAAGUUCUGGGCGUACGCCUUCGUGCUGAGCAAGGCUCCCGAGCUGGGGGACACAGUGUUCAUCGUGCUCCGGAAGCAGCGGCUCAUCUUCCUGCACUGGUACCACCACAUCACGGUGCUGCUGUACUCCUGGUACUCCUACAAGGACCGCGUGGCAGGAGGGGGCUGGUUCAUGACCAUGAACUACCUGGCCCACGCGCUCAUGUACAGCUACUAUGCGGCGCGGGCGGCCGGUGUGCGGGUGCCCCGCCCCCUCGCCAUGCUCAUCACCACCACGCAGAUCGCACAGAUGGUCAUGGGGCUGGUGGUCAGCGGCCUGGUCUUCUUCUGGAUGCAGGACGGACGCUGCUUCUCCUACCUAGACAAUAUCCUGUGGGCCUCCCUCAUGUACCUCAGCUACCUGUUCCUCUUCCUCUCCUUCUUCUAUCAGACCUACAUCAAGGGCGGGAGCCGCAGCAGCAAGAAGACCAUCAAGGCAGACUAGAGGAGAUUAGGACCAGAGUCUUUGAUGGCUGUUGUAUUGGACUGGGUUGAUCUUAGACUUUGCUGUAUUGGACUAGGCUGCAUUGGACUGGUCUGUGCUAUUUUUGACUAAACUGUAAAAGACUGGACUGUAGUGAUGAAGAAAAUAUUCUUUGACAAACUUUAAAUCUUUCUCAGUGUGUCAUGGUAUCGUAGAGACUGGAACGUACUGUGCUCUAGGUGACUGGACAGUGUGCUGUAUUGUAUUGGAUCGAACUGCUUGUCUGAAUGUGAUGACUUUAUGAGAACCUUCUUUAGCAACACGCUGCUGAGUGCAUCAUGAUCAGGGGGUGUACCGAGCUGUAUCUGUGCCAAACAUACUUAUUUCCAUGUGCUUACAGUGGCUGUAGGUCAUGGUGAUGAGGCGGGGGGUGUGUUGGUGUCAACGACAUGCUAAUUAGCAUCACUGAACCUGACUGCGGGACUCUUCACUCUAUCUGCUACAUUGUCCUAAACUUACCCAUCUAAUAUCCUGUGUUGUGUAUGUUCUCCGUCUCUCUCGAUGCCGUUCUCUCUUGAUGCCUUUCUCUCUUGCUGCUUUGCUCACAGUAGAUCACUGUUUGCAUGGAAGACUCAAGUUAUCUCCUGAAGCGUCUCUGAUCUUCACUGCGAGGGAGAUGUUUUCCUGCCCUGUGAUUACACUGCCUGGUCACUUUAUUAGGACUUGGCAGUCUCCCCUAUUGGAUUUCUCCUGGCAUAGCUUGGGUUCCUUCAUUACUCUGGAAGGCUAAAUGAAUAAUUUACUUAAGGAUUGCUGUGGAUCAAGUCUUCCCAACAAUGCUGCACUUGUACCCUGGUGGCUACUUUCAAAAGGGUAAUGUGCCCUCUACCGUGCCCGAAUUGCAGGUAUCUUCCAGGGCUACCCCAUUCCCUUAACGGAUCCCCAUGUGACACCUUCCAGCACCUUGUGGCGUCUAUGCCACAUUGUGAUCAGGGCACCCAGUGGCCCUAAUGAAGUGACCAGGCAGUGUAGACACCCCUGUGGCAUUAGUUUGUGUUACAUUUCCAUUUCCCAAAUGUUCCUGUUCAUUUCUGCAGUGGUACGGCGCUCCGGUAUAUUUCUACUGCUGAAAGAUGUGUAGCACGUCUCUCAACUGUCUCGCCUGUUCUAACCGAAGGAGAAAAAAAAAAAGGCAGCGUCAUCCUUUUAACAAGCGGACGACAGUAUGCAGAACAACCUGAAAAGUAACCGAGCAAGCUCACUGGAGACACCCAAGCUGGUCGUUACCAACGUACUUCUCCGCGUGCUUCAGACUGAUUCUCGUCACUGUUAACAUCCAUUGCGACACGCGUCAGCUUUCAAGAUUAAAGAAAUAUUAAAGCAGCAAUUUAUUUAAAAAUGAUCAGUGAUUGAAUUUUAUGUGAGAAAAAAAAUAAAAUAAUAAUAAACAAAACAAAAAAUUCCCAGAUACGUGGCCGUUGUGAUGUGGGUGCGCGUGCAUUUUUUAUGUGUUGUAUAAGAUAAUUGAUAAUUCAAGUGACAUGGCUGAACUAGGGGCGUAAAGACUCACCGCCUGUCAGUGAAUCACGAUUCUUUCUUUGCAUGAUAUAUCGUAUGGUAAUAGAAGUCUGUAUCAUGAUUCAAGACCGAAAGCACAACAUGGUUCAUUGCAGUUCACCAAUUGUUUCUCAAAAUGAAGACCACGUGUGUUUUAUAGUUGGUAAGAAUACAUCUUCUCCCUAACUCCUUACACCAUCUGAUCUUAUUGUGCGUCGUACAAGUAGCCAAUCGGGACCAUCACACGUUUCGUAUUUCAUAUUGUGAUACGUAUCGUAUCAUGAUUGGUAGCACACUGCAUAUUGUGAUACACACCAUAUCGUGACAGUAGUGUAUAGUUCCACACCUAGCGCUGCGUAUGUCCACAGAGUAUUCUGUUUAUAUAGCAAGCAGGAGAUAACCACAUAUGGAGAUUUCUUGGAUAGUAAAUUGUAUUAUCUUAUUGUACUCUACAAGGAAUCUUCGCUGGUUCUCAAGUUGAAAUGAAGAGGGAUCGCUGUAUAUUUAAUCCUAAAUAAAAGAAACUGAAUUUGGGGAAUUACUUUAAUUAGAUCAAGCUCUUUACCUGCUCAGCAAUGGAAUUUGUAACGGUGCUGUUCGCCCAGUCGUUCUGUCAUCGGGUUUGAUUGAACUCGACACCAAAAGUGAGAUCCAACGGCUGAACUUUCAGCACUUGUAUUAAAAAGUUCUGCUUACUGAACCGUACAGUAUUCGGUGUCAUGCAGUCUCUAUUAUAUAAUAUAUAAUUCUACUGUAUCCUACAAUAUUAUUAUAUACAAUAUCGAUACACGUUAUAUGUAGUGAGCGUGUGUUAAGUAGUCUGUAUUCAAAAACCAUAUAUAUAUAUAUAUAUAUAUAUGUGUAUUUAUAUAUGGAAAAUAAGUGCACCUAUACCUCGGAGCAUUCACACAAUUGUAUGGUUAUGUAAAAUAAGAAUAAUUGAGCUAUUCCACCGAGGUACUCAAACACAAUUUGCACAAGUCCGUAUGGCUCUUGAUUUUUUUUUUGGUGUCCAGGCGUUUUCCUGCUUUGAAUCAUUAUUGAAAAUACAAGCUCGUGUGUGCAGGAUGGAACCCAAGUGUGAGGCUCAGACGAUGGGAGGCUCCGAUUUGUAACACAGGAGCCUGUGACCCGGGCUCUGUGAAUCUCACACUAUCUUGUCCUCUAUAACGUUAGUCCUGGACAGGAGUGGUUUUUGCAGGAGAUAAAUCGGUGACAGUGAAAGUUGUCUGGAAAAUUUAAAAAAGCUCUAAAGCAAAACUAGAAGUGCCUCGGGAGAACAGAGCGAUUUUUGUUUUUAAGUUUUGCUUUGUGCACCUUUUUAAAGAUGUAGAAAAUUGGUGAAAGAAUAACCUUAGUAAAAGUAUCACAAAGUUUGUUAUAUAUAUAUAUAUAUAUAUAUAACAUUGCUAUUCCCUACAGACCAGCAGAAGAUACAUAUUUAAAACAAACAAACAAAAACACUAGUCAAACACUGAAAAACCAUACUAAUUGUGAUUGAGUGUUCAAAGAUAUAUAUAAAAAAGCCAUAUAUAUUGUUGUGGGGGCGGUGGGGUGUCAAGUAAUGUUUGACUGUGUUUGUGUCCUAGACUAUUGUUGAAUGUAAUAUAGCUGGUAGCGAAUGGGUGUCCUUGGAUGGGAGUGCUUGUUUCAUGUUUACUUAAGUCUUAUUUGCAACAACAACAAGAAAAUCAAAUUUCCAAAGCUCAGUGCAGAUCUGUGAUGGGGAUGCACUGUCCCAGCUUCUAGAGACCCGGGUUCCAAUCAAUUAGAGGUGUGCCGAUACUCGUUCUCUUUACAGAAGUAUUCAAUGCCAUUCAUUAACGUGAUGAUAUGUAAACAGUAAACAAUCUCAGCACCCCGGAUGAGAGGAAAAUUCACUUCCAGUUGGCUUUUAAAACACUCACUGCACAAGUUAACUGCCAUUGAUUGAUUGAUACUCUAUUGCAAAGGUGAGCGAAGGACAGCUUUUCUUGUUUUGAAAUCAACACGUUAUUGAAUACCUGCAGAUAAAUACUUCCUAAAAGCAAUUCGAACACGAGUAACCGCACACCCCUAGUUUUAAUCGUGCUACAGUUUCAGCCACUUUCUCAUGUUUUAGCAACUCACUGCUUACUUCAAAUUGUGAUUCGCUGAAAGUAAAAUGCUCAUUACCAUUCCAAAAUGAAUAAAAAAUAAGACAUGUUUUAUUACAA